AUGAUGGUGGUAUGGAUGAGCGAGAGUGUGCCGAACUGUCUUUUAAGCACUGCACAUGCGGGAAAACUUAUCCAAUUCACCAUCACUAAAGAUGUGCCAAAGUUUGCACCUUAUCUACGAACGAGAUUUCUUGCAAUGUUCAAAGAGGUGUUCGCGAUGACCGCCCAUGUGAUGACGCAAGCAAUACUCCACAACGGGGUUCCCAUUCCCAUUUUUGAUAACAUCACCGUAUCAAAUUCAUCAGAACUUCGUGUAUUCAAGAAGUAUAUCCGUCUGGAUGCUGAUUUUAAAUGGAAUUGA